AUGACGCGCUGCCCGUUGCUCCUCCUCCUCGCCUUUGCGCUCUGUCUUUCCUCCGCUGCCGCCGGGCGCGCGGAAGCAGCAGCAGCUGCAGCAGCAGCAGCAGCAGCAGCAGCAGACGCUGGAGAAGACCCCCCAGCCCCUGUCGCAGAUGCAGGGGCGGCGGAGCCCGCCGGCGCUGACGCUGCGGUGCCGCUUCCUCCCGAGGCCGAGCCGGCGCAGCUCCCCCAGCAGCAGCAGCAGCAGCAGCAGCAGGCGGAGCUGGAGGAGGCCUACGUGGCGCUGCCGCUGCGAAAAGCCCUCAAAACCCGCGAGUUUUGGCUGCAGCGAGCUGCUGAGCUGCUGGUGAUGGCCCUGACCACUUACGCAGUCUUUUGGGCCUACGGGAAGCUGGGGUGUCCGUUUAGGCGGUGGCCGCUGCGGCUGCUGGUGGAGCAGCAGCAGCGGGAAGCAGCGCCGAAGCGGCGGCAGCAGAAGCCGCCGCCGCAGCCGCAGCAGCGGCAGCAGCAGCGCGAACAGCCGCAGCAGCGGCAGCAGCAGCGUGAACAGCCGCAGCAGCGGCUGCGGCAGCAGCAGCAGCAGCUGCUGCACGAAAUGGGGCUGCAAGACAUCCCCCUUGACAGAUGA